AGUGGAAAACAUGUGGGAGAACCUCAUGUCAACGACUGCAGCAUAGAACUAAUUUCAUCGGUAUUAUCUGACAAAUAAAUCCUUGUAGGCUUGAUUGUCAGCUCCGUCAGCAUGAGUUUGUUACCUCGCACCGCUGAGGAGUUCAGCUCAGCGGAUUACUGGGAGCGCUUUUUCCGAAAGAGAGGAGAGAAGGCGUUUGAGUGGUACGGAGACUACAACUCACUCUGCGGGGUUCUGCAUAAAUACAUCAAACCGCGAGAUAAGGUGUUGGUGGUGGGUUGUGGUAACUCUGAACUCAGUGAACAGCUCUACGAUGUUGGCUACCGUCAGCUGACCAACAUUGACAUCAGUGAGACGGUGGUGUCUCAUAUGAACCAGAGGAAUGCAGAGCGCCGUCCGGACCUCUCCUUCCUGCAGCUGGAUGCCACGCAGACCGGCUUCGAGAGCGGGAGCUUCCAGGCGACUCUGGAUAAAGGCACUCUGGAUGCCAUGGCUUCAGAAGAGGACGGUGCUCUUGCAGGCCGGAUGCUGGCAGAGGUUGGCAGAGUUUUGGCUGUGGGUGGGAGGUACGUCUGCAUAACUUUAGCCCAGGAGCACGUCAUAAAGUUAGCAGUGGAGCAUUUCGCCAUGGGAUGGGCAGUGCGAAUUCAUUGUCUAAGUGGACAACAAAAUGAAGAGUCCGAUUCCUCCUUCGCACUCCCCGUUUUUGUGCUGGUUUGCACUAAGUUCCGACAAGCGCCUCCAUUUGCUGUUCUUGAGCUGUGCCAGGGAGAGGAUGGUGCUCCGUCUAGACUGGCAUCAGUAGAGGAACUGCUGUCUGCAGUCAAGGAAAGGCAGGCUUAUAAUCUAAUGCUGCAUAAACUCAGAGGAGGAACAGACUCAAGCAGCACACCGUCACUCACGCUGUGCAAUGCAGUCAGCGGACACCCACGAUACACUCUGGCUGUACAGGACAGCCCGUCCUCUGCCAAGACCCCACGGAGCAAUCACUUCGCCAUCUUUAUUGUUCCUCAGGGUCGUGAGUCUGAUUGGUUAUAUGGCUCAGCUGAAGGUCGGGCUCAGUUAGCGUCCAGUGCAAAAUUCAGACGGCUUGUCAUUGUGGCAAUGCAUCGAGACCAAGAAUAUGAGGACAUGCAGGCCGUCCAAUCAGAGCUCUCACCAGUGGUGAUGGAACUCGCCCCUCCUGGAAUGCCAGCCAAUCAGCAGGUGCCGUUUCUGUCUGUGGGAGGAGACCUGGGCUGGAGGGAAGUGAUUGGUCGAGGGCUCAGUGCUUUGACCGGAGAGUAUUCAGUGGAGGAUGUGAGAGGAGAGGACGGUCAUCUCUAUCGCAGGCUCAUCUUUAUGAAUAACUCUCAGCUGGUGCAGUCAGAGAGCAGACUCCAAUCUGCUUCUGCAGCUUCUUCUGCUCCUAAAAAGAAGAACAAGAAAAAAGCCAAACAGCCUGCUUUAACUGGUGCUAAAGAUCGCAGUGUGGACAGAGGGUUUCUUUGCUGUACACAUCAUGAGGUCAUGGUGGCGGGGUUAGCAAUGCUGGGAAUGGAUGCAAUCAAUAAUAAAGAUCAGCCAGUGUCUGUGUUGCUGGUGGGUCUAGGUGGCGGCGGUCUGCCUCAGUUUGUGCGGGACUUUGUGCCAUGUGCUAGAGUGGAGGUGGUUGAACUGGAUCCGACGGUGCUGGAGGUUGCUCAGACCUGGUUUGGAUUUCAGAUCGACGACAGGCUAAAAGUUACACUGGGAGACGGACUGGAGCACAUUAAAACACUGGAGAGCGAGGGGGGGCGUUAUUUUGAUGUCAUCAUGUUUGACGUUGACAGCAAAGACACCACCCUGGGCAUGAGCUGCCCUCCACCUGCCUUUGUAGAAACAUCACUUCUGAAGAAAGUUUACAGCUUGUUGAGCCCCAGAGGUCUGUUCAUGUUGAACCUGGUGUGCCGUGACUCGGCUCUCAGGAAAUCAGUUCUUGACCACGUUCAUUCUGUGUUUCCAUGUGUGUUUUCUCGUGGAAUUGAGGGUGAAGUCAAUGAGGUGCUGCUGUGUUGCAGAAGCACAGGAGAACACAAACCUCACACCAUCCCACAGACAUUACAGCAGACAGCAAAAGACCUGCAGAAGACACUACGAGCAAACAGCCAGACUGGACCUCAGAUAGACAUUACUGCAAUGCUGAAUGACCUGAAAGUCGUCUGAAGGCUGAAGAAAAAAAAGCAUGGAGGGAAACUAAACAUAAUACAAAAACAAAACAUUAAAUUAAUUUCACAUGAAAAAAAUUGCAUCACUUUCAAGGUUAAAAGUCCUGUGAAGUUCUUUGAAAUGUUUAUUCGAUGACAUAAUUAUAGGAUUUAAUUGGACAGAGUCGCUCUUACCCUUUUUUUUAAAAAAAAACAGCCAAUAGCGUUUUAUUUUUACCACAGAACUGCCAAUGACAGUGGUUAAGCUCAAGCGCAUCAAAUGACAAGCAAAUGAGAAGCGUCUUGAAGGAGGCGGGGCAUGUCAGAUACUAGAGAGCAUUUGAUUGGUCUGAAGAUUUGAUGAGAAACCGAAGUGUUAAGGUAAGUUUUGGGUGAAAAUGACAAACUGAAAACUUUGGAUUUUCAUAUCUUUUAAAUGUGAAUUCUGUCAGUUUUAAAGCACACCAGCUUUUGGAUAGCCUUAGGAGGAACAUACUGAUACGAACAUCUAAAAAACAGCUUUAUAGUGAUUUCACGGGGGCUUUAAGAAAUGAAUUGAGUUUUAGUCUCAAGUUGCCAGAUAUUACUUAAAAUGGCAGUCUGGUCCCUAUUUCAGCUCUUUUCUAUUUUGUUUAAAAUGAGACCAUUUUCAGGCAAAAUGUAAUUAUUUCAAAAGCAACGCCAUAUUACAAUAGGUGCAACUUCCUAGUUUUCAAAAUUAAUUUCACAAAGAAUAGCUAAUGAUUAUAAUGACUUUGAUUCCCAACAAUAGAAUAUGGAAAUAACUUUCACUGUGCCUUCUGAUUUUGCUUUCUGAAAUAAAUGUAUUUUGAUUUAAGAGUA